AGUGUGUCUGUGUCCGCUUCAAACCCCUAUUCCACGGGGAGAGGGUAAGAGAGAGAGAGAGGGACCAAGAGCGAGACUGUGAGUGAGUGAGUGAGUGUGUGUGUGUGUGUCAGCGAGAGAGAGAGAGAGAGAGAGAGAGAGAGAGAGAGAGCUGGAGCUGGAGCUGGGAAGAAGAGCAACGGCAGAAAACGAGGAGAGAGAGAGAGAGAAAACGGGACAAGGACACAAAUGGCACUCAUGGCAGGGGUUUUGUUCACGGUCAGCUUUCUUGUUUCUGGGAUCUCUACAUUUGUUUCCUCGGCUCGGAUUUAUCCUCCUAAUGAAGUCACGUUACUGGACUCCAGAGCUGUACAGGGGGAGCUGGGAUGGGUCGCCAACCCAACAGAAGGAGGGUGGGAGGAGGUGAGCAUUAUGGACGAGAAGAACAUUCCCAUCCGGACGUACCAGGUGUGUAACGUCAUGGAGCCAAACCAGAACAACUGGCUCCGCACUGAUUGGAUCCCCCGCGGCGGCGCUCAGCGCGUCUACAUCGAGAUCAAGUUCACCCUGCGAGACUGCAACAGUCUGCCGGGAGUCAUGGGAACCUGCAAGGAGACCUUCAACCUUUACUACUAUGAGUCCAACAACGACAAAGAGCGCUACAUCCGCGAGAACCAGUUCGGAAAGAUCGACACCAUCGCCGCGGAUGAGAGCUUCACCCAGGUGGACAUCGGCGACCGCAUCAUGAAGCUGAACACGGAGGUGCGCGACGUUGGCGCUCUGACCAGGAAGGGCUUCUAUUUAGCCUUCCAGGACGUGGGAGCGUGCAUCGCGCUCGUGUCCGUCAGGGUCUUCUACAAGAAAUGUCCGUUAGCGGUGCGUAACCUGGCCCAGUUCCCCGACACCAUCACAGGAGCAGACACCUCCUCGCUGGUGGAAGUGCGUGGCUCAUGCGUGGAUAAUUCAGAGGAGAAGGAGGUUCCUAAGAUGUACUGUGGGGCUGAUGGAGAGUGGCUGGUCCCCAUCGGGAACUGUCUGUGCAACCCUGGACAUGAGGAGCGCAAUGCAGAAUGCCAAGCCUGUAAGAUUGGAUACUUCCGGGCUCUGGCCAGUGACGGCUCGUGCUCCAAGUGUCCGCUCCACAGUUACUCCGUGAGAGAAGGAUCCACCUCCUGUGUUUGCGACAAGGGAUACUUCCGCUCGGAGACGGACCCGGCAUCCAUGCCCUGCACCCGUCCUCCAUCUGCGCCCAUCCAUCUCAUCUCCAAUGUGAACGAGACUUCUGUAAAUCUGGAGUGGAGCCCGCCCCGGAGCUCGGGAGGACGCCAGGACCUGACAUACAAUGUGGUCUGCAAGCGCUGCGGUCCUGACGGCCGGCGCUGUCAGCCCUGCGGCAACGGCAUCCACUUCAGCCCCCAGCAGCUGAGCCUGAAGGGAACCAGGGUGUCCAUCAACGAGCUGCAAGCCCACACCAACUACACCUUUGAGGUGUGGGCGGUGAACGGAGUCUCGCCUCAGAGUCCCGGGCCGGAGCAGGCUGUGUCGGUGACCGUCACCACCAACCAGGCUGCUCCAUCUCCAGUGACUUCCAUCCAGGCAAAGGACAUCACAAGACACACCAUCUCACUGGCCUGGCAUCCACCAGACAGAGCCAAUGGGGUGAUCUUAGAGUAUGAAGUCAAGUACUAUGAGAAGGAUCAAAAUGAAAGAAGCUACCGGAUCAUAAAAACAUCAUCGAGGAACACUGAAAUCAAGGGCCUCACCCCUCUCACCUCCUAUGUGUUCCAUGUGCGGGCUCGCACCGCAGCAGGCUACGGGGAAUUCAGCGGUCCAUUUGAGUUCAUGACCAACUCUGUUCCAGCUCCUAUCAUUGGUGACGGGGCCAACUCCACAGUGCUGCUGGUGUCAGUGGUGGGCAGUGUCGUCCUCCUCAUCAUCCUCAUCAGUGCUUUCGUCAUCAGCCGAAGAAGGAGUAAGUACAGCAAGGCCAAGCAGGACUCUGACGAAGAGAAGCACUUACACCAAGGAGUGAGGAUAUACGUCGAUCCCUUUACCUACGAAGACCCGAACCAAGCUGUCCGAGAGUUCGCCAAAGAGAUCGACGCCUCCUGUAUUAAGAUUGAGAAAGUCAUCGGCAUUGGGGAGUUUGGCGAGGUGUGCAGCGGCCGCCUCAAGAUGCCGGGCAAAAGAGAGAUCUGUGUGGCCAUCAAGACUCUGAAGGCAGGAUACACAGACAAGCAGAGGAGGGACUUCCUGUCCGAGGCCAGCAUCAUGGGCCAGUUCGACCACCCAAACAUCAUUCACCUGGAGGGCGUGGUCACCAAAUGUAAGCCAGUGAUGAUAAUCACAGAGUACAUGGAAAAUGGAUCGCUGGACGCAUUCCUGAGGAAAAACGACGGCCGCUUCACGGUCAUCCAGCUGGUCGGUAUCCUGCGCGGCAUCGCGUCGGGCAUGAAGUACCUCUCAGACAUGAGCUACGUUCACAGGGACCUCGCGGCGCGCAACAUCCUCGUCAACAGCAACCUGGUGUGCAAAGUGUCCGACUUUGGGAUGUCCAGAGUUCUGGAGGACGACCCCGAGGCUGCGUACACCACCAGGGGAGGGAAGAUCCCGAUCCGCUGGACGGCCCCUGAGGCCAUCGCUUACAGGAAGUUCACCUCGGCCAGCGACGUGUGGAGCUACGGCAUCGUCAUGUGGGAGGUGAUGUCAUACGGCGAGCGACCAUACUGGGACAUGAGCAACCAGGACGUCAUCAAGGCUAUCGAUGAGGGCUAUCGGCUGCCGCCGCCCAUGGACUGCCCCGUGGCGCUGCACCAGCUCAUGCUGGACUGCUGGCAGAGAGAGAGAGCCGACCGGCCCAAGUUUGGCCAAAUCGUCAACAUGCUGGACAAGCUCAUCCGGAACCCCAACACUCUGAAGAGGACCGGAGGAGACGCUGCUGUCAGGCCCAACACCACCCUGCUGGAGCCCGGCAGCCCAGAGGCGUCCUCGGCCGUGGCCACAGUGGAGGACUGGCUGCAGGCCAUCGGCAUGGAGAGAUACAUGGACAACUUCACAGCUGCAGGAUACACCACUCCAGAGGCCGUGGUCCACAUGACACAAGAGGACAUGGCUCGCAUCGGCAUCUCCUCGGCAGCCCACCAGAACAAGAUCCUGACCAGUGUCCAGGGAAUGCUGUCCCAAAUGCAACAGAUGCAAGGCAGAAUGGUUCCUGUCUGACCCGAAGGUCCGAAACAACGGCGAAACGGAAGCGACUUUGUUUCUUAUGGGGGGGAAAUAAAUCAAUAAAUAACAAAAAAGAAGAAAUGUAGAAAAAAAAGAGACAAACAAACUAUGAAGAAAUAGUUUACCUCAUCCGUGCACUUUAAAUUGGAUCGAAAUAAAAGAGAAUGAAUUGAUGAAGAUGAAAAAAAAGUGGAGAAAAUUGCACUUUUUUUUGAAUCUGCCCUUUUUUUCUUGUGGUUUUGGAGAGUGGGCACUUCUGUCUGCAGCGUUUAUGGAUAGAUGAAGGGAUGGAUGGAAAAGUGCUUCCGAAAGGCCGAUCUGGAGUGCCUUUAAGGGUCUGGAAGGAAAAGCAAGGAGGAGGGGAACCACACCUUUCUUCCUCAUCACGGGCAGAAUGUUGUUUCUGGAACUUUCUUUCUGGAAUAAUCCGCAGAGCAGAUUUUCUUCCUUUCUUUCCUUCUUUUUUUUUAUAUCCUGUGACUGUGUUUAUUGUACAUUAAAUGUGUUGCCGUGGAACUCGCCAGCUGCCACAGACGCCUCUGUGUGCUCUGUAUCUCACAAACACCAUAGAACCGCGACGUCUCUGAGAGGUGGACGGUUUAUUCCCCGGGGAGACGCGGUGCAGGAGGGGGCUCAAUCUGAGGCGCUCGUUGUUUUUUUGUUCCUCAGUUGUGGCCUCAGGACUUUACUGAGAAUGUUUUUGAUCUUCCAGAGGAGACUUCUCACUCCCCCCGCCCCCCGCCCCCUGCCCCCUCCCCCCCCCCCCCCCCCCCACACACACACACACCUCAGAUAAACAUACAAUUUGGAUUCUUCCACUCAUCUUGUCAUGGGAAUGGACGCUGUGCUACUGCGGGACGUAGCGUCUCGUCCUCACCACUGUUGAUGGACAGCUGUUUGGACCAGUUGAGACGCCUUUUUAUGGACUGGACGCCAGAAUGAAGGAAUUUACUGGCAGGAUUUACAAGGACAAAACUGUCCAACAAAAGACAACAUGGAUGCUGAGUCCAUCAGAAUCAUCAGUGUUGCCAUCGCCAAGAAAAUACAGCCAACUUUACUCACGCCAUCAUUAAGCUGCUGCCGUCCAUCUAAAACAGGAUCCCAGGCUCGACGAGAACUCUUCCUCUUUUGUCUUCCUCCUCCUCCUCCCCAGCUCUCCUCUCCUCCGACACAGAGAUGACAAACCCGUGGUGUCAGCUUGACAAACCGGCCACCCGUCUGUUUUGUGCUGGAAUAACUCACAGCGUGAAAAACCAGAGACAAUGACAAGAAUGUAAUAUAAUAGAGAAGCCCUGCUCCAGCAGAUAAUGUGCUUUUAUUUUGAAAGUUUCAUUUUAUUUUGUCAUUUUUUUUUAAUGCCUUUGUUCUGUCCGCAUGUAAAGUAACAAGUGUUUGAGUGUGUGUGUGCGUGUGCGUGCGUGUGUGUGUGUGCGUGCGUGUGUGUGUGUGCGUGUGUGUGUGUGCAUGUGCGUGUGUGUGUGUGUGUGUGUGCGUGUGCUGUCAGUAACUGUGUCUGUGUUCAUGCCAUCGUUGAGGAGGUUUUUACAUAUUUCAACAAACCCUGAACUUUUCUUUUGAGCUUUUGUGUCGGAAAAUGAAAUAAUAAAAAAAAAGAGAAGUUUUUAUUUUCUGCUGCUGCUGCUGCUGCUGUCCCGUCGUGCAAACUCUACCCGGCAACAGCGUUCUUAUCAUCCGACUUUCUGGAAUGCGACCCAUUUGUGCUCCUGCAGUCGCUGCAGCCGGACAAACGGACAAACGUAGACUUGAGUCCCUGAGGACACGUCGAUUGCAGCGCUCUGUUGAACUUGUGAGCAGUUUAAAACCUGAGAAACCUGCUGGUUAGUUUUUACCACUACACGUUUAAAUCAGUGGACUGUUUUCAUUUUGUUCCAUUUUCUCUUCAAAAUAUACUUCUGUGAAUGUUUUUGCUUCAUAUAAUUCAAGAAGACACCUCCGCCCUUAAUACAGCUCCACUGCUCUUCCCUGUUUUGGCAAUGAUUUUUUAUUUUUUUGUUGUUUUUGUUUUAUCGAUCAUAAAAAAGGACCUGUUUGGAAUUAUGCAAGACACUUAGAAAGGAGAAGGAAACCAGAAUGUACUGUAAAAUACUUUUUUCCUUUACUUAAAUGUCAAAAGAUUUGAAAAAAAGUUAAAAAACAACAACAAGAAAACAUCAGUUAUUGUUUUGUCAUUGUUUGCCUUCCAAUGCCAUGUGAUCUAACAUUCUCUCAAUCUUUUUUUGUACCUCUUUUUUUGACACGAUCAUAUUUGUUUGGGCUUCUUUUUGUUUUAUAUUUGUUUUUUGGUCAAGGAGCUCUAGGUACAUGUAACUUAUGUCAUUUAUUUAUGUCCUUUUAUAUCUAGUUUGUAAAAUAAUAGCCUAAAGUGAAGAAAAAUAAAGGGGGUGCCAAGUGCAUUCUUAUUAAAGUAGAAACCAUA